AUGGCCCCGCGCGCCCGGCGGCGCCGCCCGCUGCCCGCGCUGCUGGCGCUGUGGACCCUGCUCGCCCCGCUGCAGGUGAGCCUCCAGGUGACCGCUCCGUGUGCCAGCGAGAGGCAUUACGAGCAUCUUGGGCUGUGCUGCCACAAAUGUGAACCAGGGAAGUACCUGUCUUCUAAAUGCACUUCUACCUCCGGCAGCGUGUGCCUGCCCUGUGGUCCGGAUGAGUACUUGGAUACUUGGAACGAGGAAGAUAAGUGCUUGCUGCACAAAGUCUGUGACUCUGGGAAGGCCCUGGUGGCCGUGGACCCUGGUAACCGCACGGCCCCUCGAAGCUGCGCCUGCACAGCCGGCUACCACUGGAGCCAGGACUGCGAGUGCUGCCGCCGCAACACCGAGUGCGCCCCGGGCUUCGGCGCCCAGCAACCCUUGCAGCUGAACAAGGACACGGUGUGCAAGCCUUGCCAGGCUGGCUACUUCUCUGACACCUUUUCCGCCACGGAUGCGUGCAAGCCCUGGACCAAUUGUACCAUCCUUGGAAAGACGGAAGAACAUCACGGGACGGAAAAAUCAGAUGUGGUUUGCAGUUCCUCUCUGCCUUCUAGAAAACCACCAAACGAACCCGAGAUCUACCUGUCCACUUUGAUUAUUCUGCUUCUCUUCCUCUCGGUGGCAAUAGUCGCUGCUGUCAUCUUCGGUGUUUACUAUAGAAAACAAGGAAAAGCACUGACAGCUAACUUGUGGCACUGGGUCAAUGAGGCUUGUGGGCGCCUGAGUGGAAAUAAGGAGGCCACCGGUGACAGCUGCACCCACGCUCACGCAGCGCCAGCUGCCCCACGCCAGGCCGGUGAAGGUGUCUUCCUGCUGACCCUGGAGGACAAGCCGUUUCCUGAAGAUGUGUGUGACCCAGAAGGCGCCGGCUUCGUCUCUGCAGGUGCACUCUCAGGAGGCGGUCCCUACCCCCAGGGCCAGGAGGCCAGGGUGCUGUCCCUGGUCAGCGAGACUGACGUGGAAGGGGACCCCUUCAGGCAGAUCCCCACGGAAGACGAGUACGUGGACAGGCCCCUGCCGCCCCUAGAGGGCUUGCUUCUCCUCACGCAGCCCGGAGGCAAGUCCUUGCUGCCUUUUCCUGAGCCCCUGGAGGUGGGGGAGAACGAGAGCCUAAGCCAGUGCUUCUCCGGCACGGAAAGCUCCGUGGACUCAGACAGCUGCAACCUGGCGCCGCCCCCGUGCAGGGCAGAGUGGACGCCCCUGAGCCCCGACAAGUACCUGCAAGCAGAAGUGGAGGGCGGGACCUGCUCCAACCUGGCAAACUGCUGCCAGGGCUUCAGGAACCCUCCUGGGGAGGAUGGUGAGCCCCUCACGGAGUCCCCCAAACACGGACCCCUGCCCCAGUGCGCCUAUGGCAUGGGCCUGCCCCGCGAAGAAGGAGCCGGCAGGUCGGAAGGGGGCGAGCAGCCCGAGGACUGGGCCGAUGUGCGGCUUCCUGAUCCCGCCAGGGGAGGUGCAGGAUCCGGGAGCUCUGCGGGGGACCAGCCACCUGCUUCUGGAAAUGUGACUGGGAACAGUAACUCCACGUUCAUUUCCAGCGGGCAAGUGAUGAACUUCAAAGGCGACAUCAUCGUGGUCUACGUCAGUCAGACCUCGCAGGAGGGCACGCCGGGGCCGGGGGGCGCGGCCGCAGAGCCCGUGGGCCGCCCGGUGCAGGAGGAGACCCUGGCGCGCCGCGACUCCUUCGCCGGCAACGGCCCGCGCUUUGCAGACCCGGGCGCGGGCCCCGAGCUGUGGCCCGGCGGCAGCGCGGGGCUGCAGGAGCAGGGCGCGCCUGGACCCGAGAAGGCCUCAAGGCCGGUGCAGGAACAGGGCCAGGCCGAAGCCUGA